UAGGAGUCGACACUCCUCAACACUCACUGCUCUGCCUGCCUGCCGCCUGCUGCCGCCACACUUGCCCUUUCCUCUCCCGCUGUUAUAUGCGACGCAGCGACAUGAGCUUGGCGGCGUCGUUGUGUUUCUUCGCCUACCUGGCACCCAUGGCUCAACUGGACCUUAAGUCUCGCGCGAUUCGUGGAGCCAUUCUCCUCGUGUACUCAGCCACUCUGUGCCUCAGCCUCUCCACGGCUGACGGGUGGAACACAGACGCUGUCACCGCUGUGAAGGAAGUGUUCCAGUCAUCAUCACAAGUGGACGCCUCUCUCAUCAUUAUUGUUGGAAAAAGUUUCAGUGGACAAAUCGAAGACCUCCUCGGAGACUCGCGUGGAGCAGCGGUGUUUGAUGUGACCUCCAACACCUCUCGGCUUGACCAGGUCGUCGCCAGUGCCCGCCAGGUAUUUACUAAAGACUUGGGUACCAGGCCUCUGUACCUGUUAUAAGUGUUACCCUAGAUGUUUAGUAGUGGUAAUGGUAGUAGUAGUAUUGUUGGUAUUGCAAUAUUUAACGCAUAGCUGCCUCAUAACUCCCGUCACCUGCUCGUGAACAGGUGCGGCUGGCGUCAUGGGAGGCAGUGGUGAUAGUAGUAAGUGACGACCCAGCCUUCCUCGUCGCCUUCGCUCUACAGGCACGCGAGAGUCGCCUCUUUGUGUGGGCGACAAAACUCAUCGUGGUGACGCGUCGCUGGCCUCAUCGCCUCCAUCCCCUCCACCAGACCCUGUCCCUCACCAACUCCCUCCUCGUGGUGCUGGACGCCGUGGCAGAGUUGAGGAGGUAUACGAAACUGUUUGUUUCUAGGUUUACUGUCUGUCUUCCUUAAGUAACGAUGGGUUGAAGAUUUUUAAUCCCCACAAGCUCUAAGACUGAAAAGCUGGUGGUAAGCCAGGUAACCCAAUGUCUUAUGCACGCCCUAUGGUCAGUUGUACAUCUAUUGUUGUCUUAUCCAUAUUUUCCUAA